CCCGUUCGCCGGCGUGCUACAAUGAACAAAUUCGUGCCCUUUAGCUAAACCGGAAAGAGAAGAUCGGAAAAAUGUCUCCGUCCUCUCUCUCAACACGUCUCACUCUUCUCGCCAUCCUCUCCGCCACCUCUUUCUAUUUCUUCUACAAAUCCCGCCGCCUCAAACUCCUCAGACUUUCUGCGAAUUCAGAGCCUAACCUUAGAAAAGGUAAACUCUUUUUCAUAUCCCAAACAGGUACUUCUAAAUCCCUAGCCCACCGUCUCCACCACCUACUCUCCUCCAACAACCUCCCUUUUGACCUUGUCGACCCGCAAGAUUACGAGCCCGAGGAUCUGCCCAAAGAAAGCAUAGUCCUGAUCAUUGCUUCCACGUGGGAAGAUGGGAAUCCUCCUCCAAAAUCUAGAUUCUUUGUUAAUUGGCUUGCUGAGAGCAGCACUGAUUUUCGCGCUGGGAGUUUGCUGCUUGCGAAUUGUAAGUUUGCAGUUUUUGGGGUUGGGAGCAAGGUGUAUGGGGAAACGUUUAAUGCGGUGGGGAGAGAUUUGGUGAAGAGGAUGAAGGGAUUGGGUGCGAGGGAGUUGGUGGGAGCUGCGGAGGGUGAUGUGGGUGGGGGUGAAUUGGAGACGCUUUUUGAGGAAUGGAGUACAAAAGUAGUUGGGAUUUUGAAGGGAGGAUUGGUGGUGGAAAAUAGGAAUGGAGUUGUUGACAGUGAUAUUGAGAGUGUUGAAAGUGAUGAUGAUAAUGGUGGAGGAGAGGAGGAAAUUGUUGAUCUUGAGGACAUAGCAGGUAAAGGGCCUUCAAGGAAGUCUGUGAAUGUAGCUGAAAGUAAUGGAAAGGUGGAUGGCAAAAGGGAGAUGGUGACUCCUGUAAUCAGAGCCAGCUUGGAGAAGCAGGGGUAUAAAAUUAUUGGUUCACAUAGCGGUGUUAAAAUUUGUAGAUGGACCAAAUCACAGCUACGAGGCCGAGGAGGCUGCUAUAAGCACUCGUUUUAUGGAAUAGAGAGCCAUAGAUGCAUGGAGGCAACACCUAGUUUGGCAUGUGCUAACAAAUGUGUUUUCUGCUGGAGGCAUCACACAAAUCCUGUUGGAAAGAGUUGGCAGUGGAAGAUGGAUGACCCAUUAGAGAUUGUGAACACUGCCAUAGAGCUUCAUACCAAGAUGAUUAAGCAAAUGAAAGGAAUACCUGGUGUUACUCAGGAGCGACUAGCAGAAGGUCUCACUCCCAGACACUGUGCCUUGUCCCUUGUUGGUGAACCAAUCAUGUAUCCAGAGAUUAACAUACUUGUGGAUGAGCUGCAUCAGAGAAGGAUUUCGACAUUUCUAGUUACAAAUGCCCAGUUUCCUGAAAAGAUUAAAACCUUGAAUCCAGUAACCCAGUUAUAUGUAAGUGUUGAUGCUGCAACAAAGGAUAGCUUAAAGGCAAUAGAUAGGCCUCUUUUUGGAGACUUCUGGGAGAGAUUCAUUGAUUCUUUGACAGCUCUUAGGGAGAAACAACAGAGAACUGUUUAUCGCUUGACCUUAGUGAAAGGGUGGAAUACAGAAGACAUAGAUGCUUAUUUUAAACUCUUUAGCAUUGGCAAGCCUGAUUUUGUGGAAAUCAAAGGCGUUACAUAUUGUGGAUCGUCUGCCACAUCAAAGUUGACUAUGGAGAACGUGCCCUGGCAUUCUGAUGUGAAGGCUUUCUCGGAAUCAUUGGCUGUGAAAAGUGAAGGAGAAUACGAGGUUGCGUGCGAGCACAUACACUCAUGUUGCGUUCUCUUGGCCAAAACCAAAAAAUUCAAGGUUGAUGGCCAAUGGUUUACAUGGAUAGACUACGAUAAAUUCCAUGACCUGGUUUCUUCUGGUAAGUCUUUCAGCAGCGAGGACUAUAUGGCACCCACACCAUCCUGGGCUGUCUAUGGAGCUGAGGAAGGUGGAUUCGACCCAGAUCAGUCACGUUACAGGAAGGAGAGACAUCACAAAUCAAGUCGUUGAUUCAUAUAUAGUUUUCUAAACAUAUUUUUGGGCAACAAGAAUUAGUUUUGUUAUUUUUGCAUUACAGGACUAAAAAGGGUCAAAGUUCUGAAUCAAAUUAUUGUUCUCCGCCCAUGUAUCUCAGUUGUAUUCUGUUUCUCUAUAACAGUUUGUUAUCUAAGAACUGGGACACGGUUAUUGCCGCACAGCAAUAUACAAGGCCACACAAA